AUGGAGGUCGCCGAUGGCACCACCGACGUCGUGCACCCGGAAGUUCGGGCCCACAUCAACAGUCUGGUGUCGGCUCUCGGUGGCAACAGCGCCGAGGAUGACGGGCGCUAUGUCAUGGGAGACUCUGCCCUCGAGGUUCUCCGCGAUAUCAAGAAAUGGAUCCGCUUUUACGACGAGAAGACGAACCGAAUGGACGUUGCGCGCUGUCUGGCCGAGGCGAACCUGGUCGACGGCGACCUGCUCCAGAUCCUCGCCGCGUGGCCAAUCGCUGCGACCGAGAACAAGUUCAAGUCGAGAGCCGCCUUGGCCUGUCUCGAGUUGCUGGUGCCCUUGACCUGGCCCAUGGAUCGCAACCUGGAGGAGAUGACGGUGAACCAUCACCGUCACAUGCCCGUCUUGCAACUGGCUCAGGUCAACUACAAGCGCUCCGUCAUAAACUUCGAUGCUGCACAGAUACUGCACACCGCCGUACGCCUCACUUUGCCGUCCAUGGUUCUGUCGAGGAGCGACCGAACCGCCCGAGACGAUGGCAUCAUCAAGCUUGUGCUGCUCUUCCUGCGCAACAUCGCCAUGAUUGCGCCCCCUCCCAACGUCACGUACGACGGCGACGAAUCGCAAAUAUCCCGGUCGGCACUGAUAGACGCCUUCUCAUACCAGGAUAUCCUGCUUACUCUCUUGACGAUAGCCUCGAACAUAGGCGAGGACUUCAAUCAAGAGGGGGUCAUACUGAUGGAGAUCAUUUUCCAUCUGGUGAAACGGGUCGACGUCACCAAGCUCUUCAUGGACGACAAGCAAUUGAGCAAAGCGAAGGCGAAUGAGUUGACAUCUCUGAUGAAUAAGGAGGCGGCGAUGCAUCGGCCACACAAUCGAAAGGCACCAACGAGACAUAACAGAUGGGGCACCAUGAUCUGGGUCCAACGAGAUGAUGGGAAGGUGUCCACGGUCUCCGGCCAAGAUGCACUCCUAGACGCUGCCACAAGACAAGAGAAGAUGGACAGCAGCAAGACCUUCCGGCCACCCCGCAGACCGCGGAAGGAAGAGAUGGAGCCCAAAGACCUCGGACCGCCUGUUACGCUGAACACGAGGGCUCGAGGACAGCUGCGAGACUUUGUCGAGGAGUUCCUGGACUCUGGCUUCAACCCCUUGUUUUUUAACGUGCGGAAGAAGCUAGACGAACAGAAAGACUACGUCAUGCAGUACCACUACCGACAGUUCUACUAUCUGGUGUCAUGGUUCUUGGAAGCCGAGCGGGUGCGACAGAAGGUGGCCAAGGGCAAGGGCAAAAAAGCCACCCAAGAAGAAGGCGAGGAGGAUGUUGGCAGCUUCAAUCUGGUGGCCACUGUUUUGAACCAAGAAAUGUUUAUCACGCUGAACCGGAGCAUGGCCGAGGCUUUGGACACCAAGAACUGGCAAGAGCUAGGUGCGGCCAUGAGAUGUUUCACACAGAUCUUGUUGACAGUUCAAGAGAUGUCCGAGACGGGCAAAGAGGAGGACGAAGAGAUUGCGGAGAACAUUUUAAGCCGAAUCUUCUACGAGGAGGAUACACAUGAUCGUGUGGCCAACAUCGCCAAGAACUUCAAGGACCAAGGCUUCGAAUACCUUGAUGCCUGCACCGAGCUUGUGCAUACCUACCUGCGCAUAUUGGAAUCGUACUCGAAACAGAAUGUAGAUAUGCAAGUGCGAUCUCGAAAACGCGCACGAAGAAAGAAGAAGACUGCCAAGGCUGCAGGCGCCGAAGACGACGUGACGGCAGAUGUCGUGGACGAGUCGGAGAACGACGAAGGAAAUGCAGAACAGACCAGCAAAGAGCGGAAAUUCGACUUCACCCGUUUCGCCAACCGAUUUACUCCGCAAGGCGUGGUUGACACAUUCGUCAAGUUCUCCAAAUACUACCAAGAUCUGAGUGAUGCGCAACUCAAACGGGCUCACCGAUAUUUCUAUCGCGUGGCCUUCAAGCAAAAUAUGGGUGUUAUGCUGUACAGAGUUGACAUCAUCCAUCUGUUCUACAGCAUGAUCAAGGGCCAAGAACCACUAGACAGAAGUUGCAGCUCCUAUAAAGAGUGGGAAGAGCUGGUAAAGCAAAUCCUCAAGAAAUGCAUACGCAAAAUCGAGGAGCGACCAGCCCUGAUGAUCGAGAUGCUAUUUUCGAAGAUCAAUGCCACAGCGUACUAUUUGGAGUACGGAUACGAGAAGCAGACGGUAUCGGCAUCAACACCACGACCGGCAGCAGAAUUGGAGUUCCGUCAUCUUCUUGAGCAUGAUCAGCAGGUCGCCACUGCUGUAGGGGUCUUGCUAGACAAGGAGAUGUCGCAUCAUAUUAAAUGGGUCAGAGAUCAAUUGACAUCGGCAGAGAGCGAGAGGAGGGCGUGGGAGGCGGCAGAGAAGGCGAUGGAGUCUGUGGAAUCGAACGUAGACGUAAGCAUGGAGCAGCCUAUUGAAGGUUCACCUGUCAAGGAGGCGCCUGUUUUCUCUAUUCGUCCCGACGAUGAUGCUCGUCGGACUGCGAUGUUCAAGAACGCUCAUUUGCGCUUAUUGAUGAAGCUAGUCGGCAUGGAGUGUCUGGCCCCUACUCUGGACGAGACACCAGAGUCUGCAUGGAUCAUCCCAUCAUCAUUCACCGCAGAUCAGCUCAAGGAGUCAUUAGACAUGGUUAGCAAAGCCGAGUUUGACCCACCGACCUUUGAUGAUGGCCAGUUAGCCGAAGAUCAGCUUCGCAGAAAGACCGCGCCUCGCAAGAAGGCAGUUUUCGAUGAUGACGAUGACGGGCUGAGUGACGAUGAAGAGGCAACGCUUUUCCCAGCCGGCGGGCCAACAGCUCGCAAGUCAACGGCAGAGGACACCGAUAAGCCAAAGAAGAUCCGCCGCCGCCGAAAGGAUGAUGCUGAACCGCCCACGGAAGAACAGCUCGAGGAGAAGGCGCGCAAGCGGCGUCAGAAGGAGCUGGAGAAGGCACGUCGCUUUAAGUCUGACGUAUACGUGCACGCCAGCGAUGAUGAGACGGACGAGGAGCGCGAUCGCGAGUUCUUCGCCAACGAGGCACGACUGAGGCAGAAGCAGAAGAUUGUUUCCAUUACGCACCAGCGGCCGCCCUCCCCCAAGCUACUUACGAAGCGCAAAGCGGCUGCACUGCUGGGCAGUGAUGACGAAGGCGAAGAAGAAAGCGAAAGGGACAGCGACGACGAAUUGAUGCCGACGCAAGAGUCUGCUUCCAGCAGGAACGCGGAUAAGACACUGGAUGAUGCGGAUGACGACGACGAUUUGAAUACAGAUCAUACGCCUUUGUCAUCGAGUCCACACGCAGCUUCAACCACAAGCAGUAACGGCGCCAAGAGGAGGCGCCUUGGGGAGGCGAGUAACGCGGUUAAGAUGGCCACCGUAGAUGCGGAAAUGGAAGACGCGGCGGAAGACGAGGAGGAGGAGGACAUCCCAGCGGCCAAACCGGCGGCCCGCCGGCGGCCCAGAGCCAAAGCUGGGUUUAUCAUCGAUAGCAGUGACGAAGAGUAA